CCACAGGUCCGCCCUGAGUCCCGCUCACACUUGGGAAACUUGGGACUCUCUGGAGCCCCGGUAUGGCACCUCAGGGGGGCGGCCCCAGCCUCAGAAGAGGGGGAGGAGAAGGAGGAAGUGAGCCCGAAGACGGAUCCGCUCCGAGCUGUUUGUCCAGCUGUUUCUAUUCGCACCCGGGGCAGCGCAGCCAGAAGGGGGCCCUAGUAGAGGGUGGCCUGCUUAGGCGGUAAUUGCCAACUCUUCUCACAGCUUGUCUUUUCCAGGCACCCUGGAGUCCCCUGAGUCUAACCCGGAGGGCGCGCACCUGCCAGCCGCUCCUGACCCUACAGACCAGGCGACCCCUGAGCCAGAGAAAAUGGCCCAGUCCAAGACCGACUGCCGCUCACCUGUCGGCCUCGAUUGCUGCAACUGCUGUCUAGACCUGGCCCACCGGAGCGGACUGCAGCAGGAGAGCAACGGGGGAAACAACAACUCGGGUAGUCCCACCGUAAGCAACUUUCGGCAGCUGCAGGAAAAGCUGAUCUUUGAGAACCUCAACACCGACAAGCUUAACAACAUAAUGCGGCAAGAUUCACUAGAACCGGUGCUGCGGGACCCCUGCUACCUGAUCAACGAGGGUAUCUGCAACCGGAACAUCGACCAGACAAUGCUCUCCAUCCUGCUCUUCUUCCACAGUGCCUCCGGAGCCAGUGUGGUGGCCUUAGACAACAAGAUUGAACAGGCCAUGGAUUUAGUGAAAAACCAUCUGAUGUAUGCUGUGAGAGAGGAGGUGGAGAUCCUGAAGGAGCAGAUCCGAGACCUGGUGGAAAAGAACUCCCAGCUGGAGCGCGAGAACACCCUUUUGAAGACGCUGGCCAGCCCAGAGCAGCUAGAGAAGUUCCAGUCCCGUCUGAGCCCGGAAGAGCCAACACCUGAGGCCCCACAAACACCGGAGGCUCCCGGUGGUUCUGCGGUGUAAGUGGCUCUGUCCUUACGGUGGGCAGAGCCACUAAAUUUGUUCUACCUAGUUCUUUCCAGUUUGUUUUUGGCUCCCCAAGCGUCAUCUCACGUGGAGAACUUUACACCUAGCAUAGCUGGUGCCAAGAGAUGUCCCAAGGACAUGACCACCUGGGUCCACUCUAGUGACAGACCCCUGACAAAAAGCAGGUCUCUGGAGGCUGAGUUGCAUGGGGCUUAAUCACCCCAACCCAGUGAGCCUUUAAUACCACCACACCCUAGGGGAACCCAGGGUCUGGACAACUUAGCUGCAACUGGCAAAGGAGAGAGGUAGUUUCAGCUGAGAUGCCAGUUUGCUCCAGAAAGUAUAAGGGGUCUGUUUUUCAUUUCCAUGGACAUCUUCAACAGUUUCACAAGACAACUGUUCCUCUGAAGAAGCCACUUGUGUUUUAAGCAGAGGCAACCUCUCUCUUCUCACCUGCCUUGCAAAGGCAGGGGGAACAGAUGGGAGAGAUGCAGCCAAAUCAGCCUUCUGUUGGUUAAUAUGGUAUAAUGCAUGGCUUUGUGCACAGCCCAGUGUGGGAUUACAGCUUUGGGAUGACCGCUUACAAAGUUCUGUUUGGUUAGUAUUGGCAUAGUUUUUCUAUAUAGCCAUAAAUGCGUAUAUAUAUCCAUAGGGCUAGAUCUAUAUCUUAGUGUAGCGAUGUAUUCAUAUACACAUACACCUACAUGUUGAAGGGACUAACCAGCUUUGGGAGUAUUGACGGGUCCCUUGUCUCUUAAGGCUAAUCGUUUGACUGUGUUCAUUUACCAAGUUGAUCCAGUUUGUCCUCUAGAUUAAGUAAGCCGAAAGCAUAAAAGGCAGGGGAGGGGGCCAGCCUCCUCGGGAUGAGGCCGUGGAUGCCUUGCUGCUGCAACCCUUUCCCCCUUUGUCCAUUGAAGGCACGUGAAGUCCUCUUCUGAACGCCAAAGCCACCAUUCACUGGUGCUGACUAACAGAAUGGGGUUGAGAGAAGAUUUGCUUGGACUUCACAGUGCCAUUUAAACACUUUAUUGUUAUUAUUAUUAUUAUUAUUGUGGAAAACUUUCAAGCGAUCAGAGUGAAUAACUCAAUGGUGUCCUGUUGUAGACACGGGAAUGGCUUUGACCUGAUGGUGCCUGGGUGAUACACUCAGGUAGCUUGGCUCCCUCCAAGCUGGGGGCGGGGAGGGGUUCGGUAGCAGUGAACACUUUCCAUUUUCUGACGCCUUAUCCUGAUGUCUGUCUCCAGGAUUUGGAUUUUUCCAAAUGUAGCUUGAAAUUUCAAUAAACGUUGCUCUUUUUUU